GAUCGGUAUUCCAAAUAUUUGACUUCCGAUUUUGUUGAGCCACAUUUCGCCAGAUUUCUGAAAUCAUUUCAGCGAGAAAUUUAUCAGUAGAAUAGGCCUAAUUAUUGCCUAAUAUUAUAUAAAAUGCCACCAAAGAAAAAUGAACCAGGGAAAAAGACAGUAGAAAAGAAAAAAGAAAAAGUUAUUGAGGAUAAAACCUUUGGGUUGAAGAACAAGAAGGGAGCUAAACAGCAAAGGUUCAUUCAGAAUGUUACGCAACAGGUCAAGUUUGGAAACCAGAAGACCAGUAAAUUGACACAACUGGAAGCUGACAAGAAUAAAAAGAAAUUGGACAAGAAGAAAGAAGCCGAUGAGCUGAAUACUUUGUUUAGGCCAGUACAGACUAUUUCAAAAGGUGCUGACCCCAAGUCUGUUCUGUGCGCAUUUUUCAAACAAGGACAGUGUUCUAAGGGUGCCAAGUGUAAAUUUUCACAUGACUUGAACAUCGACAGAAAGGGAGAGAAAAUCAGUAUUUAUGCAGAUUCCCGGGACAAAGAGGAAACGAUGGAGGACUGGGAUGAAGAUCAGCUGAGAGAUGUAGUAAACAAGAAGCACGGAGAGCAUGAGAAAUCCCUGCCCAAGACCACCAUUAUCUGUAAAUUCUUCCUGGAGGCAGUGGAGUCCAGUAAAUAUGGCUGGUUUUGGGAGUGUCCAAAUGGAGGGAAGAAAUGUCACUACAAACACGCUCUACCUCCAGGUUUUGUUUUGAAAAAAGACCAAAAGAAGGAGGAAAAAGAAGACCAAAUUACUAUAGAGGAGUUGAUAGAAAAAGAGCGUGCGACGCUAGGGGGAGGUACAACAAAAGUCACCUUAGAAUCGUUCUUGAAGUGGAAAGAGAGAAAGAGAAAAGAAAAGAUUCAGAAUGCUAAGGCAGCACAAGACAAGAAGAAAGCGGACUACAAAGCAGGCCGGGCGUUUGGAAUUAGUGGAAGAGAGAUGUUCGAGUUUAACCCUGAUCUGGUGGGGGAGGACGAUGAUGAGGCUGCAGAGGGGGUGAUAGAACGGGAAACAUAUUCUGAUGAUGAGGCUGAAGAAGGAGUGAAGGUCCGUGAUAUUAACCUUGACUAUUUAAUCUCGGCGGCUAGUGAAGCGGACGGAUCAGGAACAGUGGUCACGUCACGUGAAUAUGACGUUUCCUCGGGUGGAGGGGAUCAGCCCUCAGCUAUGUCUAAUGGUAAAGAUGAAGAAUCUGAAAAAUUAGAUGAGGCUGCUGCACUACCUCCGGAAGACACACCCACCACAGAAACUGAUGCCGCAAUAGCAGCUGCGCUGGCUGCCACUAUGAAUGGUGCAGAAUUGGAGAUAGAUGAAGAACUUUUCGGUGGUGAUGACAUUGACGAUGUUGAAGAUGAAUUGGACACUCUCGAUCUAGGCGACGAAUAGCAUUAGUUUCCCUUGAUUUGCAUUACUUGUGCGAUAUUUUCCUCAAAUUUAUGCCUUUAUACUUUCCAAAUUGGCUAAGAGACCGAAGAUGUUGCUUUGAUGUCAGAAUGCUUAAGCUGUGACAGAUUCAGGGGAUUGACAUUACAUAACUUUGGUGCAUCGCGGUUGUGAACACAAGGAAACUGUUCAUUUUUGGGUAUGCUGUGUACAAAUCGAGAAAAUUGAUUUAAAUUGUAUGUAAUAAUCUCACUUAAUUUAGAAAUAUUUUUAAUGACCUGACAAAUUGGGAUGCUUUUCCAGAACACUUGCAUUGGAAUUUAGUGUUGAAAACAUCUUAAAAUAAAUUGACUACAUAUGCCAUUUAAACCAAGAGCAAUUAAAUGAUUUAUACAGAUGUAUUAAUGGUAGCAAUGAUAUUCAUUGCAUGUUUUUAUAAAGAUGAAACAUAUUUUGAAAUAAGUCUGAAGAAUCCUGUGUUCAUAAUAAUAGGUAAAUUAAUUAUUAUGAUUUAUUCAAGGUGGACUAACAAAUCGUGAUUAUUGUGACUACUGUAAUGCUUAUCUUUUAUUGCCUUGAGACUCCCCAUCAGUUAUUUAAAAAAGAAAACAAAAACAUUUCUGAUCUUUAAUGCAGUCCAUUUAUGAAAUGUUGGAGUCCAUGAUUCAAUACAAUAUAUUCUAUCAACAACUUCAAUAAAUCAUAUUGUUUCAUUUUAUAUUUACUAUAUUGCCUUAUUAUGUAUGAAAUUGAAUAAUAUGCAUUUAUGAAAUAAUGUUGGAUAUAGAAUGAGAAUUCUUUAUGUGAUCAGAAUAAAACUUUGGAAUUUGG